AUGUCGAACCAGCAGGUGGGUACGGUGUUUGAACGAGUCAUCCAGGAGGUCUGCGAUGCCUCCCAGGUCGACUUCGAGGAGAGUGGUGUGGACCAGCAGACCCUGCUAGACCUGCAAAAGAGCUGGCAGAAAAAACUCUCCUCUCUUGGUGUCGCUCAUUUCCCCUGGGACCCUGCACCACCCCAGCAGCAACCUGCCCCUCAACAGACCCAAAACCAAAUCCUCCCUCCAACCGCGACCGUACCUUCGAAUGCUCCUCGACCACCCCCAACUGCUCAAACACAACAACAUCAUGUCCCUCCUCAGCAAUUACCCCAGUCAGUUCCUGGCACCAUGCCGCCCAUGCAGGCACCUGCCCCCGUCGGAAUGCCGCCCAUGGGUCAGCCUCCACGCAUCAAGACCGAACCGGGGACUAACGGCCAGGGCCUACCUCCCUUAAAUAACAUGAUGCCCCAAAACCCGCAAAAUCCCCAGUCAGCAGUCGAGCGCGCCGCCAGCAUGCUGCAUCAGAGGUAUGGUGCUGCAGCAGCUAACUCGGUCAGCCAGUUGCAAGCCCAAUCCCAGGCAGCCAUGACAAUGCCUGGACAACCCCGCCCCCAGCACCCGCAGCACCCGCAGCAAGUACCAAAUGGCCAGGGCCCUCCAAUCAAGACCGAACAUGGAUACUCGCCUGUGCAACAACCCCCCAUGGGUAACGCCCAAACAGAUGGUGCCAGUGAUGCAUUGUCAGAUUGGAAAGCAGAGGUUGCACGGAGGAGAGAAGCCGCUGGGAACCAGAACGGCGAGGGUGAUCGGAUCCUUCGGGAACACCUGAGACAGCGGAUGCUUCAGUUUGAGGGUGGUGGUCUUCUUGUUCCUUUGGACGAACAAUCCUCAUCGAGAGCCGCCAGCGGACCGGCCCUCUCAUCCGAUUCUACCGUCGAACCAUCAUCAACAGUACCUAGAGUACCACGUGCUCAAGUCGAUGGCCCCGGCGGCGAUGACGACCAGGAGGAAGAUGAUGAGGAUGCCAUCAACUCGGACCUUGACGAUCCAGAUGAUCUUGUGGCCGACGAUCAUGAUGGAGAUGAUUCGGUGGGCCAGGUCAUGCUCUGUACCUAUGACAAGGUGCAGCGCGUGAAGAACAAGUGGAAGUGCACUCUCAAGGAUGGUAUUCUGACCACUGAGGGCAAAGAAUAUGUCUUCCACAAGGGCCAGGGCGAGUUCGAAUGGUAG